ACAACUAGUCAACUUGUUACUUUUCGUUAUCCACUUUCCAUAGAAAAUUUGUGUUAGCCUAAUAAUUCCAAUAUACUGUUAUACCUUUUCUGUGUUUCCUCUUGAUGUUUGGUUUUGGAAGAUCAAAAUUAAAAACAAGAGGAAUGUAUAUCUUUCCAAGGAUAAGGACAAUCGUAUUUGUGAUGUACUAUUAUUACUACUACUUAUUUUCAGUUGAUUAUGCUGAUUCCAGGUGCACAGAGGGCUGUGCCUUAGCUUUAGCUUCAUAUAGUAUCUCGUUAUCUGGUGAUCUUGAUUCUUACAUUAGUAACAUAGCCUACAUCUUCUCGAACAUCUCUAUCCCUGAAUUCCGUAACUAUAACCCAAGUAUCUUAAACGCCAUUGGAAAUCUUGAUGGCAAAUACCGGGUUAACGUACCCUUCUCCUGUGACUGCCUUAAUAAUGGCGACUACUUGGGCCACGUCUUUACAUACCCUGUUUACUCUGGGUGCACUUAUGAUUAUGUAGCAAGCGAAUAUUCCAAUUUGAUAACUGGAGAGUGGCUGAGUAGGAUUAACAAUUACCCGGAAAUGACAGCAUUGAACGUCAUAGUGAAUUGUUCCUGCGGGAACCAACAUGUCUCCAAGGAUUAUAGUUUGUUCCUCACGUAUCCAAUGUUUCCAGGGGAAAAUUUGACGUCAAUAGCUUUGGCGACAAAAACAAGUUCAAAAUUGGUCCAAAUGUACAAUCCAGGCGUCAAUUUCAGUGCUGGCACUGGCCUGCUCUACAUUCCAACCAGAGAUAAAUUUGGGAACUAUCCACCUAUGCCAACCAGCAAAGGCUCAUCAGGUAAAUUUAUUGCUGGAGUGGAAGUAGCAUCACUAGUUGCAGUAGCUGGAGUUGCAUUACUCAUAUGCAUCAUUUACCUGGGAUUUUAUAGAAAGAAGGCACAAAAGAUUGUGCCACAAAUCUCAGCAACUGCUGAUCAAUCGCAUCUAUCUGGCUUCUUGGGCAUAGCUGUGGACAAAUCUACGGAGUUCUCAUACAAAGAACUUGCUGAAUCGACUAAUGGCUUUAGCAUUUCUAAUAAGAUUGGAGAAGGUGGCUUUGGAACUGUUUAUUAUGCUGAGCUGAGAGGAAAGGCAACAGCAAUAAAGCAAAUGAAUAGGCAGGCAAAAACUGAAUUUCUUGCUGAACUGAAAAUUUUGACGCGUGUUCAUCACUUGAACCUGGUGUGCUUGAUAGGAUAUUGUGUUGACAGGUAUCUCUUCCUUGUAUAUGAGUUCAUUGACAAUGGUAAUCUAAGCCAACAUCUACGUGGGAGGGACACACUGCCAUGGUCAACGAGGGUGCAAAUCGCACUAGAUUCUGCCAGGGGUCUAGAAUAUAUACAUGAACACACCGUUCCUGUCUAUAUCCAUCGUGAUAUUAAAUCAGCAAAUAUCCUGAUAGACAAAAACUUCCAUGCAAAGGUUGGAGAUUUUGGCUUGACGAAACUGGUUGAAAAUGGAAAUUCAACUAUACCUACACGUUUUAUGGGUACAUUUGGGUACAUGCCACCAGAGUAUGGUCAUUCAGGAAUUAUCUCAUCUAAAAUAGAUGUCUAUGCUUUUGGCGUUGUCCUUUAUGAACUAAUUUCGUCAAAGGAAGCGGUAGUCAAGGAAGAUGGUAUAGAUGAAGCAAGAAGCCUUGUUGCAUUGUUUGCAGAAGCUCAUAAUCAUCCAAAUCCAAUUGAAGGCAUUUCCAGAUUGAUAGACCCCAAACUCGAGGAUAACUACCCUUUUGAUUCAGUCCAAAAGAUGAUACAGCUUGCUAAUGCUUGUACAGAGAAAGAUCAUGAGAUGCGGCCGACUAUGAGAUCUGUAGUGGUUGCACUUAUGGCACUCUCACCAUCAAUAGAGGAUUGAUAAUCUGACGUUCAGGGUUGGUCCUGCAGUGUUUCAUUGAUAUGAGUUUCUUGAAAUCAAGAGCUUAGUUUCAACUUCUGUAAAAUUACUUUUCCUAUUAAGAUCACUUUCCAGUGUUUAUUAAGAAAAAUAAAAAAUCACAGACUAGUUUCAGAAAGUUGUUGACACUACUGCUAUUUUUUUGAGUUUUGAACUGCUACUCUCAUGGUGAAAACAUGAAGACAAACAUCUUCAAGAUAAAACAAGUGAAAAGCUUAAGGUAUUGAAAUUUCUCCUCCAAGUA